UUAAAAAUUAUGUCCUUUGGUGAAUAAUGAGGUUGGUGAUCAGUAACUGUGUUUCAUGAAUCACUACUUCAGCCAUCCUCACCAUUAAUCUCUGAGGGAAGGUAAGCAGAUUAGUAACAAACCUACAACCAAACCAUUAAUAGUGAGGGAAUGACAGCAGAACAUGAGCAGUUGCGGAACUAACUUAUAAGUAUGAACCGUGGGUGCUUUAAUGGGUUUUGAUGAAAGGCCAGAGACCUUAAAAGGGUCCUCCAUGGUUCCAAUCUCCCUGAGUUGGAUGCAGAAAUGUUGCAGUCUAUAGUUUCCUCUGCUGCUCAUAUGGCAUUGCCCACUUCAUGUACCAAUGCAAGAUUCCCUCUUAGCCGGCCAAAACCUGAUUUCCUGGACUCACGGCCAUUGCGCCACCUACAACCACUCUCCUUGCCAUGUCUCCGAUGUGUUUCUCCUGUUAGACAUGGUGUAGUGCCGGCAUUGGGCUUACAGGGUAGCAAAAGCAAGCCCAAGUUCUUUGAAGUUGAGCUUAAAGUUCGGGACUCUGAACUGGAUCAAUAUGGUGUUGUAAACAACGCGAUCUAUGCAUCCUAUUGCGAACAUGCUCGUAAUGAAAUGUUUCGAAGAUAUGGCUUCAGAGCAGAUGCAAUUGCUCGUGCCGGUGCUGCAUUAGCAAUAGCAGAGUUAUCCCUUAAAUACCUUGGACCUCUAAGAAGUGGUGAUAUGUUUGUAGUGAAGGUGAGGAUCACUAGCUUCACAGCUGCUAGGGUUUUCGUUGAGCAUUUCAUCUUCAAGCUACCCAAUCAAGAGCCCAUUUUGGAAGCAAAAUCCACAGGAGCUUUUCUUGAUAAAAAUUAUCGUCCUAUUCGUAUUCCAGCAGAGAUUAGAUCAGUAUUGGACCAGAACGUUUGCAUUGCGGACUUGAACUGAUUUGAUUAUAGUACUAUGAAG